AUUCUAUCGCGAGGAUCGCGAGCUGCCACUGACAUUUCCGUUCUGUGAAAUAAUUUUCUUUCCCUAAGUUAUUCAUCGGUUAAUAACGUUAAUAAUAAUCAUUAGUUGGAAUAAAAGAUAUCCUUUGAGCUAGAAAGGUUUACAAACGAGUUAAAUUUUGGUUGAGACUUAUAAGUAAAAAUGAAUUCAUUUUGGGCAUUUUCCAAUUUGGCUCCCUUUAAAUGGGAGAAAAAUCAGGGCACGGAGGUCCUCAGGGAUGAUUGGACUAUUUGGAAAGAGAGGUUCGAAAAUGCAUUGGUAAUUCUUGGAGAAACCGACCCGAAAAAAUUGAAAGCUAUCUUGCUGCUCUUUGGUGGUGUUCAGCUACAUACUCUCUUCCGUAACCUUUCAAUAAUUGAUCCCCCCGAAGAUGAGGCUCAAUCGAUUAAUCCCUAUGAGGCGGCAUUGCAAAAGUUCGAUAAUUAUUUCGCUCCCAAGAGACCGGAUCAUUUGGAGCGCUACAUCUUUCGGUCAAUGAAGCCAGAAGCAAAUGAGUCCCCGGAAAAUUUCUUCUUCAGACUAUGUGGACAAUCCAUGUGGUGCAACUUCGGAGGAAGUGAGGAAAGUCGCUCAAUUGCAAUAAUUGAUAAGUUCGUACUGGAAGCUCCAGGUGAACUACGAAGGAUGUUCUUUGAGGCAGAUGAUCAUACAUUGGCAGGCGCCAGGGAGAUUCUUAAAACCUACGAGAUGAAUCAGAUGAUCCGCAAAUUGGUUCAUGGAGACAAGAAGAGCCGUGCUAAGAAGUGAUUUGACACUAAAAUGGCAUUUAUUCAUAUUCUACUAACUUUCUUAAUUAAUGUUGAUUGGAUUUAAAUUUAGCAAGAAGCUGUAAUGAAAUAUAGAAGUUAAAUAAAGAUUUAAAGAGAAAAUAUU